UCUUUUUUCACUAAGAGUAAAUAUAUUGUGUCAUAUUUAAGUUUUUAAAUUAUACCUCUCUUUCACUGCUUCUGUGCAAUGGCAGCGGUAGUUCUCCGUAACAAUCGAGUUGGUGUUGAGACAACUGGUGUAACCGUUACUGUUCCAAACGACCCAAGGGCUAAACUGAUGUACUAUCUGAAUUGUAUGUGCGUUGUUCUAAAUUUGGAAAACAAAGGAUAUGACUUAACCCGACUCACUUAUUAUCAGCAAUAUUACAACCUAUCAAAUGUAGAUGAACAAACUCUUGUUCUACUUUGUCUGAAGCUAUCACCCGAUAUAAUGGAAGGAAAAUGCAUAUUUUUGAAUCCUGAUGCAUGUGGUGACAGCCAAAAUGAGUUUUUCAAUUUAAGGUCUACUAAUGUUACAGUCGCAGCCGUUCAAAGCGUGGUAGUGGGCGAAGCUCGAGUAGCAGUUAAGAAGAUCAUGUGUUAUAAACUUUCAUGGCUACAGACUUUCUUCCUUGAACCAAUAACAGUUUUGUUACGGAAGAUAAAAGAACCUGAACAGAGUCGUCCCGCUAUCACUUAUGGGCAUUCGAGUUACAGCCGUCCGGCAGCCAGUUAUCAACGUAAUAACUACAGCUCAUCACAAACGUCAGAUAGUUGCUGUACCAUCUUAUAAGGAACUCGUUGACUAAGUUUUGGUAUAUACACUUAAUAUUCAUUAUAAAUCAAUCAACUGACUUUUAAGUUAUAAGAAUAUGAGUAUACUUAUGUAAUUCUAUAGUUUCUCUCUUAAGCUUGAGUUUUUGUGUUUUUGUGUAGUUUAAAUUUUAAUCGAUAGGUAAUUUUAUAUGAAAUACGUUAUAAUGAUAAUUAAUUUUAAAUCUACUAGAGGUUGUUUGUGUCUCUUGAAUUGCU